CAGCCCUCACCCGGCACCCUUACUGCUCACAGUAACUUACAUGCAGGCUUGCAGAAGUUAUCUCCUAAAGUGAGGUAGCUUUUCAUUUGUUAUGGCUGACCAGACUGUCGUGAAGAAAAUGAGCGAAUUGCAAGUGGACGCCGGAAAAAAGGGAGGAACUGAAAGUGGUAAAGAUGGAGGAAAGAAGAAGGCUAAAAGUGCUGCUGGGGACUCUGGAGGCAGGACUGAGUUAUCGCCACCACCUCAGUACAUCGAUGAGCGUCUGACUUUGUACACAAAGCUGAAAACUGAGCAUGAAGCCCUGAUGGCAGAGAGGGCUACGAAUAACAGCCGAGCCAUCAAGGUGACCCUGCCCGAUGGAAAGGUGGUGGAUGCUGAGUCCUGGAAGACAACACCGUACCAGGUGGCCUGUGGAAUCAGUCAAGGCCUGGCCGACAACACAGUGAUUGCGAAAGUGAACAACGGUGUGUGGGACCUGGACAGACCUUUGGAGGAUGACUGCAGCCUUCAGUUGCUCAAGUUUGAUGAUGAGGAGGCCCAAGCUGUUUACUGGCACUCCAGUGCCCAUAUCUUGGGUGAAGCCAUGGAGAAGGUGUAUGGGGGCUGCCUCUGCUACGGUCCCCCCAUUGAGAACGGCUUCUACUACGACAUGUUCCUGGAGAACAAUGAGGGCGUAUCAAGCAAUGACUUCCCAUGUCUGGAGAACCUGUGCAAGAAAAUUAUCAAGGAGAAGCAGCCAUUUGAGAGACUGGAAAUAAAGAAGGAAACUCUACUGGAAAUGUUCAAGUACAACCCAUUCAAGUGCCGCAUUCUGAAUGAGAAGGUUACCACUCCCACUACCACAGUUUACCGGUGUGGUCCCUUAAUUGACUUGUGUCGGGGGCCCCAUGUGAGACAUACUGGGAAAAUCAAGGCACUUAAGAUCCACAAGAAUUCGUCUACGUACUGGGAGGGAAAGGCGGACAUGGAAACCCUCCAGAGGAUCUAUGGAAUCUCCUUCCCUGACCCCAAAAUGCUCAAAGAGUGGGAGAAGUUUCAAGAGGAUGCCAAGAACAGAGAUCACCGCAAACUAGGCCGGGAGCAGGACCUGUUCUUCUUUCAUGACCUGAGUCCAGGGAGCUGCUUCUUCCUGCCUAAGGGAGCCUACCUCUACAACACCCUGAUCGAGUUCAUCAGAAGCGAGUACAGGAAGAGGGGUUUCCAAGAGGUGGUGACGCCCAACAUCUACAACAGUAAGCUGUGGCAGACCUCGGGACACUGGCAGCACUACAGCGAGAACAUGUUCUCCUUCGAGGCCGAGAAGGAGACCUUUGCCCUCAAACCCAUGAACUGUCCGGGACACUGUCUUAUGUUUGAUCACCGGCCACGCUCCUGGAGAGAGUUGCCUCUUCGCAUGGCAGACUUUGGCGUCCUGCACAGGAACGAGCUAUCAGGAGCCCUGACUGGCCUCACCCGCGUCCGCCGCUUCCAGCAGGAUGACGCUCAUAUCUUCUGCUCCAUGGACCAGCAACUGGAGAACAGCUUGAAUGACUUUGGGGAGAAAUGGGUUCUCAACCCCGGGGAUGGAGCCUUUUAUGGACCAAAGAUCGACAUUCAGAUCAAGGAUGCUAUAGGUCGGUACCAUCAGUGUGCCACAAUUCAGCUUGAUUUCCAGCUCCCUAUCCGCUUUAACCUCACCUUUGUCAGCCAUGAUGGUGACGACAAGAAGAGGCCAGUGAUUAUCCACAGAGCUAUCCUGGGAUCGGUAGAGAGGAUGAUCGCUAUUCUGACUGAAAACUAUGGAGGCAAAUGGCCACUGUGGCUCUCUCCUCGUCAAGUGAUGGUUGUACCUGUGGGACCGACCUGUGAGGAGUACGCUCAGAAGGUCAAGCAGGAAUUCCACAACGGCGGCCUCAUGACGGACGUGGAUCUCGACCCUGGCUGCACUCUGAACAAAAAGAUCAGAAAUGCACAGCUGGCGCAGUACAACUUCAUCCUGGUGGUGGGAGAGAAGGAGAAGACGAGUAACACCGUGAAUGUGCGCACCCGGGAUAACAAGGUCCACGGCGAGCGCACUGUGGAGGAGUGCAUCGAACGUCUGAAACAACUCAAGUCCAGCAGAAGUCGAAACGCAGAGGAGGACUUUUGAGCUUUCUCAAACCCGCUGCUAUCAAUUUGUCUUUCACUCAACAGUACCUCGAGUCUGGUAACUUUUAAAAGGACAUGUGGUUCAAAUCAGUUUUUGAUGAGGGAUAAAACUACUGGUGCCUAGUGUCUGCUCUCUGUCCACUUAAAAAUCACAUUUUACAGAUUCUGUCUUUCUGGUGUCCGCCUUUGCCUCUUUACUGUAUCACUGUUUUCGGUUGUCAAGUCUCAUGGUUGCUUCACUCAUGGAAUGAAGUAUAAUCGUCCUUAUCCAUUUCUGCUUAUACGGAUAGGGUUAGGGUCUUCAAGCAGCUUUAUAGAACAACUUUGUACGAUGGAUAAACUGUCUCACAGAACCGUAUCCAUAUAUAUGGUAAACCGAAAAAAAACGGGAAAAUCGUCUUAGCAGUUUGUAUCAGUCAUUUUUUCUUCAGGGAAUUGUACAUGAGUUACAAUUUUGAUAAUUAAACAUUAUUAUUCUUGA